AUGGACCGGCCUCCGACACCAUCUAGCGUUGAAACUGACGAUCCAUGGCCUGAGUUCUCUGACGCAGAAUUGGAGUCAUAUCAGAAGUCGAUCGAGAAUUCCACCAACUCCCCCGAUGGGCAGAUGACUCUUGAGAAGCUUAGACAGACUCCGACCGACUUUCCCGCUAAGGGUUCUGAGACUGCUGUUGUAAGUGAGCUUCUUACAGUUCUUGAAUCAUCUCCAUGGCACAAGCUAAUGUAUCUUCGUGAGGCCGCACAGCAGCCUCUCAAGCCUGGUCCGUCAUCCGAGCUGGAAUUGCAAUUCACCUGGGGAUUCCUCGAGCAUUUUCCCAAGCCCCCGAAGCAUCCCAAGUCCCUCCCCGACCCGACCGAGUUCCCCACCGUGAAAGGGAAAAAACAGACUCACUCUGUUCGUUUUGCUGAGGACUCUGAUAUCGUCUCAAACAAAACGAAAAGGCUGAAGCCACGCGACCCUUUUAAUGUUGAUAGUGCUAUGGCUAUCUUCCGUUCUAUUGAUAAUUUGCAGGAGACGUUUCAGAAACAAGCCGCAUGUGAUACCACUGAAGCAAUGUCACCUAUCCUCCAGAACCUCAGACUCCUGAACCACGAGGCUAUGUGUGCAAAGGUUCUUCACGCGUCUCACAAGUUGGGUAAUUGGUCUGUCGGUCUCGAUAUAAAUAUGCUCCAAGCCAGAGUGGGUAUCCUAGAAGCCGAGAAGAGGCGUCAUCAACAUCUCGUCUCGAGCCUUGAGUCACGCUUGUCUGUGUUGGAGAUCAAGAUGAUGCGACUAGAGUCCAUGGCAGCUGAGAAUUUGAACGAGUGCCAAGAUGGGAAUGACCUUUUGCGCCAGGCUCGGUUUGGGAGUCGGAGUCGGAUUAAAGCUGAGAUUGAGGAUCAACUUGAGAUUGAACCCGGGACGUCCAUUGAGGCUUGGAUUAGUGCGAAUGAUCGCUAUUAUUUUGAGAAAGACAAUGUUGAGCGUCGCCUUGGUUGA